ACACCAACCUUGAUGCAUCUUUCGUCCACGGAGACAGUACUUGGUAGGGACGAAUAUUAUAAAGACUAUAUCUACAAGGCGAGACAUACUAGAUGACAUGCACAAGCGUCAUGACGCCCAACGACAGCACAUCAUCGACUCUCUCUAUGACCUCUUGUUCCAAUUGCAUGCCGUCUCCUUCUUCCUCGCGCCCUCGCUCGUACCACUGGUUACCAGAGCCAUGUUUUGUCAGUUCCUGUGCUACAAGCCGAGGGAGGUCGACCCUAAAGUCUCUCUACGGGCGUGGUUCCUACUCACUUUCAUCCUCAAUAUCCCGAGCUUCUGGUUACACGCACGAGAAGGUGCAGUUGAAGGGCGGACGGUCGUGUUGGAUUUUGUCGGAAUGGAAUCUGCACCCUCCAAAAUGCACCUCCUUCUGCUCGACGUCCUCAUCUUGCUCCUCCAGUUACUUUUGCAAACGCUCACAUACGAGAAGUCGCUACAGCAGUCAUCCUCUAUCGUCUCCGAGGUUCUCCUUCCACAUCCUCUCGUCACCACGCCAUUCUCAUACUCGAUCGAGGACGAGCAGCCGAAACCCUCUCGCAAUGAGCGAACAUACAUAGUAGACCUCCGACUCGCGCCCCUGAUCAAUCGCAUCCGACGACCAGCUCCAGAGAUAGUAGAGCGGCCCCUCGAGGCACUUCCACUUCCUAAUACCACCAACAUCCCCAUGAUACCCCUUGGUCUUCGGGCAUUCAUGAGAGCAAGAGGACGUCAUUUGCAGCCCCAACAUGAUCCCACAGCUUCAAAUGGACAGGAACAUACUGAGACAGAGCAGAGGCUACCUGGGAGCAUGAGCACAGACGACGUUGACUAGUUUAAUUGUUGUAUUAUAAUGGCACGGCGUUGCACAAGGAUCCAAAUCUACAUCAUUUCACGGAUGUCUCAUCUUCGCAUCCAUUGACUAGGCAUCACCAUUUGCGUUUCAUAACUUCGCGCAAGCACUGCCCGAACUUUUCAAAUUCUUGCUUGCAAGAAUCUUUUCUAACAUCCGUAUAAGCAGCAAAUAUGCAUUUUCCAUAUGCUGUUGCAUGCGACGAGCAUGUGGUAGUCGAAUGCAGUGCUAAUUGUCUGAGAGGCGUGUUUGUAGCCUGUGUCUUCGCUGACUGCAUGGCUGGCAGGAGAACUGCU